UGCGUGAGUGAGUGAAUGAUCUAAUCAAAACAGGGAGUGACACAACUUUCCCAACGUGCGUGAGUGCCUUUGCAAAUUUCGGGUCUUGCAACAUCCGCCCUGAUACGGAAGAAUAUACGUUAGUAUUGUGCACAGGUAUGGGAACAACUUAAACGAAUCGUCGCGAAAUUUGGACCCGGUUAUUCAAAGCAGCGAUAGAUCGUUCAGGAAACUGUCGUCUGGAUCACAUUCUGAGUAACCCUGAUAGUUGUGUAUACCGUUGUCAGAGCAGACAGUUGAACAUUCGGUUACGUUUCGACAAUAUCCAGCAAUAACAAAUGAUGGGCAGCGACCAUAGUACGCAUAGGGAGUUGAAGGUGUCCGAACUCAAUACAAAGACACCGAUGCCCGAGACAACUGAGCUGGAGAAGAGAUUCACCAAAGUACUGGCGUCUAUGGACUUACCGCCUGAUAAAGCCAAAGUUUUAAAAUCCUAUGAAGAUGAAAAGAAAUGGGAACUUAUAUGUGAUCAGGAAAAGGUAGUUGCAAAAGAGACUCCCGGGUAUUAUAUUGACAAAAUAAAAAAACUUAUAGAUCCAGCUGGCACAACCAAGAGACAGAGAAAAAAAUUAAUAGAUCACUCUACACAGAUUGUACGAGAAUUGGAAAUCUCACUGCGAACUAACCAUAUCCAACCUGAUGAGCUGCGGCAGGCAUUGAUGCCAACUCUUGAAAAGUUGUAUAAACAAGAUCCUGAGUCUUUGCCAUUUCGUCAGCCAGUCGACCCUUCGUUUCUGCAAAUUCCGGAUUAUUUUCAAAUAGUGACAAAUCCUAUAGACUUAUCUACAAUAAAACGCAAGCUUGACACAGGACAGUAUCAAGAUCCAUGGCAAUAUGUAGAUGAUGUGUGGUUAAUGUUUGAGAAUGCUUGGCUCUAUAAUAGGAAGACCUCAAGAGUGUAUAAAUAUUGUUCUAAAUUAGCGGAGGUCUUUGAACAAGAGAUAGAUCCUGUCAUGCAAUCACUUGGAUACUGCUGUGGUAGAAAAUAUGUGUUUCAACCACAAGUAUUAUGUUGUUAUGGUAAACAGCUUUGUACUAUAGCCAGAGACUCUAUUUACUGGAGUUACCAGAACAGUUCACGGAGUCUCGGCCUUCUUUCUGACAGAUAUCACUACUGUGAGAAGUGUUUUGGAGAAAUACCUGGUGAGAAUGUUACUCUAGGAGAUGACCCCUCCCAACCUACAAC